AUGUUCACCGUCGCCUACGUGAUCUUCGGGAUGCCGGCAAACCUGCUGGUCAAGAAGUUUGGCCCUAAGAUGCUCGUUUUGUAUAUGUUUACCUGGGGUCUAUUCGUUAUGGGACAGGGUCUCACUAAAAGCGCUACCGGAUUGAUCGCCUGUCGGUUUUUUAUGGGAAUGUGUGAGGCUGGAUUUGUUCCUGGCUGCGCAUACUUAAUUGGAAGCUAUUACAAGCGCGACGAGUUCCUUCGACGUUAUGCGAUCUUCUUCAGUGCCAACAUGGCGGCUGGUGCUUUCAACGGGCUUUUCUCGAGUCUCUUGACUGGUCUGAAUAUGAGCGGAUACGCGGGAUGGAGGUGGCUGUUCCUUCUCGAGGCUAUCAUAACCAUGGGUGUCAGUGUCGUCUGCUAUUGGGUAGUGGUCCCAUUCCCUGAAGAUGCGACAUUUCUAACAGCGGACGAAAAAUCGCUGCUACUGGCUCGCCUGCAGGCCGAUGGUGGUGGUGUUCGCACUGACCCUAUCUCCUUCAAGCGUGUAUUGGGCAUGGCAGGUGACUGGAAGAUUUGGAUCUGUGUCCUAGCAUACAUGGGUGCCGAAGAAAGUGCCAGCUCUCUAGUCGCUUUCCAGCCCACUAUUCUCAAAGACCUCGGAUGGACGAGCCGCUCGGCCCAGGUGCACAGCAUUCCGGUCUACGCCGUCGCGUUCGUCUUGACUCUUUCCUGCGCCUGGCUCAGUGACCACCUCCGUCGCCGUUACCUUUUUACCAUGUUUGGCGCCGCAUUGAUCAUAAUUGGAUGGAGUGUAGAGCUGGCGCAGGUACAACCCGCCGCAGUUCGCUACAUGGGCAUUUUCUUCGUGGCGUCCGGAGCCUUUAUCAUGAUGUCGAACACGGUAGUGUGGUUGUGCAUCAACCUUGGUAAGGGCGUGAAACGGAGUGUGGGCAUGGGUAUCCUUCCAGCCUUUGGCAAUUGUGGUGCCUUUGUGUCCGGCAACGUUUUCAUUACCAGCCAAUCUCCCAAAUACCCCGUCGGGUUUGGAGUGGGUCUGGCCUUUGCUGUGAUGGCCGCUGCAGCUUGCACGGUCUACUAUUUUGCCCUAAUGGCGGAGAACCGUCGGCGGGACAGCCAGGCAGAGAAGGACUCGACGGCCGAGACUACCAGCGACGCGGAUCUUGGCGAUGCGCAUCCGGAUUUUCGGUAUCAGCUGUAG